CUCCGGAUUCCCCCUCCGGGACCCCCCGACCCUUAAUUAACCCCUAAUUAACCCUUAAUUACCGCCCUGCCUCUCCUCCGGGACACCGCGUCCCUUAAUUACCCCCUAAUUAACCCCUAAUUAACCCUUAAUUACCCCCCUGCCUCGCCUCCGGGACACCGCGUCCCUUAAUUAUCCCCUAAUUAACCCCUAAUUAACCCCUAAUUAACCCUCAUUAACCCCCCCGGCCCCUUAAUUCCCUAAUUAACGGAUUAAUUAAUUGCCGCCCCCAUGCCCAGGGGGUUCCAGCAGAUCCAGGAGGAGGAGGAGGAGGAUGAGGGGGGUCUCCUCCCGGCCCCGGGGGGGUCGCCCCCCGCGCCCCCCGCCGCGCUGACCCCCACGCUGGCGCUCACGGUGUUCGCGGCCUCGCUGAGCUCGCUCGGCUUCGGCUUCAACAUCGGCGUCAUCAACGCGCCCCAGAAGGUGCGGGACCCCUCCCCAAAUUCCCAGAGACCCCUCCCCGAAUUCCCAGACCCCUCCCGGAGACCCCUCCCCAAAUUCAGGAGCCCCCUCCCCAAAUUUCACCGAACUCUCCUCAAAUUGGGGAGAGACAAAAUCCGGAGAUCGCUCCUCAAAUUGGGGAGAUCCACCCCCGAGACCCCUCCCCAAAUUCC